CAGCAUCCCUCGCGCGCCCCUGGCAACGGCGCGAGCUGCUGAGAGCAACUGGGAACGCGACUGCGAGAGCAGCGAACAGCCAGGGACGGGACAGGGAGCACCGGGGGAGCCGGGAACGGGAGCGCAGGGUUCGGCCAGGGACGGGACAGGGAGCACCGGGAACAGCUAGGGACAGGACAGGGAGCACAGCGGGGGCAGCUUGGAGCGCCGGUGCAAGGCAGCUGUGGCCGUACGUGACUCCUCCGGAAAGAAAAGCGGGAUUCUCCAUGGUGAAGAUGGUCAGACAUAGAGAACUUAUUGCAGUAAUAGUGCAACAGCUUGACAAGUUUAACCCUGAAAAUCAGAACGUGGAGGAUUUCUUGAAUGAAUCAGCUGUGAUGUUGCAGACUCUUAAGAUGACAGAAGAAAAAUUUGUAUUGGAUACACUAGCAGGAUGCACAGAAUAUAAAUCCUUAUUGGAUGUUGUAGUCAAUGCCUUUUAUGCUGAGGAUGGGAGAUACUGCCUGAUUCCGGAGCGUAAUCUCUACAUAGUUAUCUGUUAUCUGGCUACUUUUCAACUAGAAGAGCUUGGUCUUCAGCACUUCAGCAGAAUUGUGAAGUCCUUAGACACUGCAAAAAUGCAAAAGUUUCUUAGAUUCUUCUUCAAUAAAUUGCAUUUGAACACAUGGAUAAAAGAUGAAUGGAGUCACUUCUACGACUCACUGUAUGUAAAAGAGAAUUUGAUUGAUCCACUGCUAAGAUGGCAGCCAAAAGUCCAGCAACUGAUUGAACAACUCACAAAUAAAUUAAAUAAUUGUGCUACCACUGUCAAGACUUCUAAAGUCACUCAGCCAAAGGAAUUUAAUUUGACUGUGCCCAAACCACGUGCCAUUCCUCUACCUCUGCCAACACAUCUGCCAGUACUGGAAAAAAGACAGCCUGUUCCUCCAAGCACCUACAAACCUCCAAAGGAAAUAAAGCAACUAGAGGAAAUCAAAGAUAAAAAUUUCCGAAAAGCAAGCGAUCUGCUCCUGAAAGCAAAUACUGACCGGUUCAGGUGUGCAACCAUGAAGCCUGAAAAGAGAGAGAGCACACAUGACAGUAUGAAGAGUAAACCAUCAUUCCGGGCUCAGAAGAUCCAAAGUAAGAUUGACAAUAUACCCAUUAAACUAAACACUGCAGCUAUUUUGAGGGAGGGUGCCCUCUAUCAGAGGAAAAUGGAAGACGAGCUCAAGAGAAUUGAAAAUUUGGAACAAGGGUUUGGAGACCCAUCUGAAUUCUUGGAAUGGCAAAAACAGAUGCGUGGAAAAGAUUUGGAAGAACAGCUGGCUGAAAUAGAGUGUAGGAGGCUUCAAGGGAAACUCAGUCAUGAAGAGGCAGUCCUAGCCCAUCAGAAUGUAAUUCAAGAAAACAAGAAGAAAGCUGAUCUGUUGAGGGAAGAGAAAGCAGAGCUGAUGCACCAGCAUGCAGAGAAACGUCUACAGGAACAGAAAGAAAUGAAAGAGCUGGCGGAGCAGGUCAUGGAAGGACACAAGAAUGUAAAGCAAGUAAAAACAAAGCUCCAGGAAUACAAACAGCAGAUAGCUCAACAAGUUUCUGAAGAAAGUGGAGAACUUCUUCGGCAAGCUUUAAAAGAAGAGGAGGAGAAGGCUAAGAAAAGAUAUGAACUAAUUCAACAAAUACGAGCUCUUGAGUCUAUACCUGGCAUCAGACACAAGUUUGUUGACUUAACAGAGACUGGUGGCCAUGGUUUAUUUUGUGAAAUGUCAAUAGUGGAACUACGUGAACGCCUCGCUCUACUCAAAGAAGCACAGAAGGCAGCAGAGGAAGAGAAGAGAGACCAGAUAAUUCAUGAAAAACAAGCUAAGGAACAACUUAUUCUAGAAAAACUGGACCAGAUUUCCCAAUUCAGAGCAGAACUUGGACGAGCAGCUGCUUUAAAGCAAGAAGAAAAGAAAAGAAAGUCCCAGUCUGGUGAAAGGCCCAUGAAAGAUGAACGCAUUUUAAACCUGCAGAGGAAGAUUGUAGAAAAAAAAAUGGAGCGUAAAAAGCAAGCAGGACUCUUAAAGAUUAUCCCCCAGAAAACCAGCAUCAUGCCAAGCAAGGAUUCUUCGCAAGGGAACCAUUGGAGAGAACUGGAAGAGAUUCGGGAAAGACAGUUCAAACUCCUUCAACAUGGCUUCAUGGCCAGAGAAGCAGCUCAGAAAAGGGCUGCCUGUGUGGCUGCAAGAAUUGGAACCACAACCUAUAUAUUGCGCUCUGAUAUACAGUAAAAUACACUUGGAACCAAUUCAGGCCUGCUGGAAAUCUCCCAAUGUACCUAUGUACUACAAGGUUGAGUUUUAUUCUUUAUUUCACCUUGACAGUGUGAUUAGAAAAAUGUGGGUCUUACAAGCACAAUAGAAUAAAAAUGGGUGUGUUUCUUUAUAA